UACAGAUUUUGUAAACACGGCUAUUACUCAUGCAUGUUGUCAUACAUUUGUAUAAUCAACAUAAAAUAAGAGUAGAGCAACCUGUCAACAAUCAGUCAUGUAAACAUUUACAAUGGCUGGAUAUAUCUGUUGCGCUUUCCCAUGCAAUUGAAUGCUGUGUAAAUUUCGCGAUCAAAAAUGUGAUUUUGGAAUAACGCGAGACAUUCCUUGUAGCUGGGAAGAUAGAUAUCAGUUUAUGUGAAUAAACACGCGAGGACAUGUGAAAUAAGUUGAUCAUCAUUCAGUGAAGUGUGCUUCGUCAACAACACACCAGCCAUGGAACAUUCAGAAAGUGUAUCGGACAGUGAGUUAGAUUUCAAUCGCGAUGUUUUUGUCGAACGAGUAAUUCAUAUUGCCCGCCGUACUGCAAAAGCAAGACGCUCGUCGGUUGGCUGUUUAAGCUCCAGUGCAUCGACCAAUCAUAGAUCGCGUUACAUACCAGCGCAAACUAUCAUUGACUUGAUCAAAGCGCCUUCAGUACAAACGUAUACAGCGAUUAAGAAAAAGAUCGACAAGACCAAAAAUGAACCGGGUUGGAUUUUAGAGUUUUUAAAUAAAGAUGGUUUGGAUUUACUAUUCGAAAGUUUGGAGCAAUUAUGUAACUCUGGCCAUGCAAAUUUCGUGAAUGUAAUUCUACAAGCAUCCUGUGCCAAGUGCGUGCUUACAAUUAUGGAUUCGACGUUAAGUUUGGAUUAUAUUAUAGAAAAUAAGGAUUUAAUUAAAAAGAUCUCGUCUGUGCUGGACAGUGACAAUGUGGCGGUGAAGCAGGAAGUUCUGAAGCUUCUCUCCGCGCUCUGCGUCUAUUCAAAGGACGGAUAUGCGCGCGCACUCGAGGUCCUCGAACACCACAAGGUGUCCCGGAAGUCUCGGUAUCGGUUCAGCUACCUGGUUGAGGAGCUGCGGCGAUCCGAGAGUCCCGCGUUCAAGUCUAUCGUGCUUGGCUUCAUCAACUGUAUCGUCAUCUACACGGACAGCGUCCAGCAGCGCAUCCGCAUCAGAAACGAGUUCUAUGGUGUGAAGCUGCAAGAGGUUCUGAAUCAGAUCAGGCCCCUGGCCGAGAAGGACCAAGGGCUUGAGACCCAGUUGGACCUGUUCGAGGAGCACCGGGACAGCGACGAUGAGCAACUUCCGGGCGCCAAGGGGAUCGAUUUGAACAGUCCUCUGGACGUGUUCCAUGCCAUAUACAAACAGGUGGGCGACACACCCCAGGAGCUCCAUUUCCUCACCGUGCUUCAGAACCUUCUCAAGAUAGACUCGGGCGAGGCAUCUUCGGAGCUGGUCUGGAGCGCCGUCGAGACGCUUGUCGGCAAGGCAACCGUGAUAGAGUCCGCGGAGGACUCCAAGAAACUCCUUCAGUCUUUCACAAAAAGAUUAGACUCACUAUCGGAGAACAAAUGUACGUGUGCCUGUCACUCCGAGGGAGAACGUAAUAGAAUGAUGUCACCUCGUAGAACUUCCGGUGUUGCGGAGAGCGAUGGUCAGCCGCCGGUGGUUCCACCACAUAAAAAGUCGGAUGUCAAAGGUCCUGCGCCACCACCGCCGCCGCCUCCGGCGUCCUUCUUCGGAGCUGCUCCACCACCGCCUGCUCCGCCCACGGGCAUGACGCCGCCACCUCCACCGCCUAUGGCGCCCGGUGGUUUCCUGCCGCCUGCACCCCCGCCAAUGUCAUUUUGCACGGGGACUCCAGGUUUCUUCCAACAGAAGAAGCUUCCACAACAAAAUAUACCAAAACCAAAGUCGAAAAUGCGAACAUUUCAAUGGCAAAAGAUUCCGGUUAACAAAGUGGUGGGCAAAAAUAACAUAUGGACCAUGACAGGACAAGUGUUCAAUGGAUACGUUAAUAAAAUGGAUUAUGGAGAAAUUGAGGAUCUAUUUGGUUUGAAUAAAGUUCGUACAUCCCAAGAUGCUGGCGAUGAAGCCAAUACCCAUAGUACAGGGGAGAAGAAGAAGAAAGAACCCAAUGAGGUGAACUUACUGGACGGAAAGCGCAGUCUGAACGUGAACAUCUUCCUCAAGCAGUUCCGUAUGGCCAACGAGGAGAUCGUGACGCUCGUGCAGGCGGGCCAGAGUGACCGGAUAGGCGCCGAGAAGCUCCGAAACCUUCUCAAGAUCCUUCCCACACAGGAAGAGGUCGACAAUUUUCGGAGCUUUGACGGCGACCGGACGAAGCUUGGGAGCGCAGAGAAGUUCUUCAUGUGCCUCAUGGGACUGCCAAACUACCGACUGCGUAUCGAGGGCCUCACUAUCAGGGAGGAGUUCAUGGCCAACAUGGAGUUCAUCAAGCCCUCUAUUGACUCCAUCAUCGAGGCGGCAAAGGAUAUAAAGGAGAACAAGAAUCUACACGAGCUUUUAUACCUGGUUCUCUUGGCCGGAAACUUCCUCAAUGCCGGGAAUUACGCGGGAGACGCUGCCGGUUUCAAGCUCUCCUCGCUUCUCAAGUUGACAGAGAUACGUGCCAACAAACCACGCAUGAACCUCUUGCAUUACGUUGUCAUGCAAGCAGAAGAAAAGAACCCAGCGCUUCUUAAUUUUCCGGACGAAAUGAAGUUUUUAAAGGACGCAUCCAUAGCAUCCGUGGACGCCCUGGCGGCCGACAUCAAGGCGCUGGACGAGAAGGUGGCCAAGAUAUCACAGAACGUCGAGAUGGUGGGCAAGGAUUUCGAGAAACAGAUGAACGAAUUCCUCGGGAUCGCGAGGAAGGAGAUGCAGGAGUUGAACGAGGAUCUCGUGGACAUGGAGGGCCUACGUAUCGAGCUGGCGGACUUCUUUUGCGAGGACGAGAAGACGUUCAAACUCGAAGAGUGCUUCCGCAUAUUUCAAACGUUCUGCGAAAGGUUCAGCAAGGCCAAACAGGAAAACGCACAAAGAAAAGAUAACGAAAAGAAAAUGGAGACUCGAAGAUUACAACGGGAGGCUGAGGUUCAAAAGAGAAAUGAUGCUGACGCAGCGGACGUAACGGUUACCGUCGAACACGGAGACGGAAACGUGAAUAUUGUUGAUCAGCUCCUUGCCGAUGUUCGUAUGGGCUUCAAAAAGUUCGACGAGGCCAGUUUUUCGGUAACAAAAGUGCAGAAGAUAAACCUUGGAGCAGGCCAAAACCAAGACAGUCUUUUAUCGCCAACAGCAGAUGGGAUAGGCACCGGUUUUGUUCGGGGAGGCUCGGGGAGACGAAGUGUGCGGGGCGUAAAAUCACGGAAGUCAGUCGCAGAUGGUGAUAGUGACAGUACUGAUGGCCAGUCCGGUUCAGGAUCGGGUGAAACAGGAAACAUGUUGUUUGACAUCCUGAUGCAGCCUGAGACAGAGCCUGGUUUAAAAACGCCAGUAACAGAAGGUAGUUUCUCACGGAUGGGAAGUUUACGGCGCCGGCGUUCUGACCGGAAGAUGCAGGGAAACAACUUUGGCAUAGCCUUUGAGAGAGAACGAGUGCCUUCUCCAAAUAUAGAGGCCCAAGAAAAAGAAAUACUUGACACAAAAGAAAGACCAAAGUCUGAUAUAUUGGACGACAAUUUUGAUUACCGCCAAGGAUCUAAUCUCAGUGUUCGUAGAAGCAGAAGUAUGAAUGAACGGGCGGUAUUGGAAUCACCGAGCAGGAUGUACGAUCCAAACAAUAAUAAAAGUGAGGACAAUUUAUUGAUUGAAAGAACAAAAUCUCCGUCAUUUAGAUCUGACGAUCCACAUAGAAGGUCAUCCCGGUGGCGAAACGAUAUACCAGAUGUAAAAGGUUUACCUAUAAUUGAAGAACGAGAUCGGAAUACAAAUUUAGUUGAACAAACAAGUGCGAGCAGUGAAUAUGUUAGCAUUACAGACAAAGUUACAAAAGAUGAUUCAUUCGCUAUUGCCGAAAAGAAAACAAAAGAGAAACUGUCGAGAAGAUUCAGCUCUACAAUGUUAGAUCAUGUAGAAAUAAGACGAGUUCUUGAAACUGCAGAAGAUGUUAAAAACAAAACCGACGAGCACACUGUGGCAAUGACGCAGCGUGCCAAAACAAACAAACGAUGGGUAAGUGAAUUGGAUAAAACGGACAUUGACAAUGUUCUUAAAGCGAUCGAAGAAACAGAAAUAAAAAUCGGUGAAACUGUAAAAGUUGAGUCAUCUGUUCACAGACAGUCAAAAGAAGUUGUUACCGCUAGCAUACAAAGUCCAAAGGAAGUUGUCACUGCUAGUUUGAUUGGUCCAAAACCAAUCGAUGCUAAAGUAGUUCCACAAGGUGAUCCGAAUGAACCUCAACACUUGAAAGAGAAAAGAAAAAAUCGUAAGAAGCGGUCUGUUCUCUCUAUGGAGGACAUUCAUGCGGCGUUCACAAAAACAAAAACCCCGGAUGUGGAAAACAAAACAAGUGAAUUCGAGAAUAAAGAAAAUCAUGAACUUCCUCAGAAGUCUCCAAAAUCUCCGCAAGUGCCUCCACGAAGGUCUCGGCGAAACAGUGAUGGCUCAAUAGAAAAGUUACCGGAGGUAGAAGUUAAACCAGAGCAAACGAUUGUCGAUAAAGAUGUUGUAAGCAAAGCUGCGAAACUCGCGGGAAAGAAGCGGUUCCGUGAUCAAAGGUUUGGCGACAAAGAGACACCUGCACAAAAGGCUAUGCUUGAACAUUCUCAGGGUCGCUGGAAAAGUAACGUUGAAAAAGAUAAUGUGGACGAAGCUUAUAGGGACUACAUGAACAAAAAUAAUAUGAGCAGAUCUAAAUCGUAUGACGAAGCUGUUGCGAGAAAGGCUUUGGAAGAUGAAAGUGAUAACAAUGCCAUAAAUACCGAAAAACGAAAUUCUUUGCGCAGUAGCGCCGUCAACAUGUAUAAUGACGAUAGAAGAAACGGUAAAAUAUUUGAUGACGAAAGUGAAGGUGACAAUUCUAUUAAUAUAACAAGCUCGCCUCGGAGACCAUCCAGUACUAACAGUACAAGAAGUGAUAGUCCAAAAAGCUCGAGCAGCAGACUGUCAAUAAAAUCCACAAACACAUCGACGGAAACACUGAGAGAAACGGGUAGUGAUAAUGAAACUUCACCGAGCCAACGGCGGAAAAAUUCAACACCAAAUGGAAUCACCGACAAGCAAUACAAAUUCCAAGUAAAUGAACGUAGACCAGAAACGCCUUCGAGUCUAAAUUACUUACUUGCAAACAAGGUAGAUGAUCAUUCUCUGGAAAAUUUCGAAGCAAGGGUAUCUUUCGAUGAGAAUGAUGAUUUGCCUCAGGCCAAAAUGCUGAAAUGGAGGAAGCAACGUACAGAGAAAAGGCGAACGGGUAAUUACGAAAAUGUUCCAGGAUUUGAUGGUAUCGUUUCAGGAAACCUUUCUCCCCGAAUCGAGAUGAAGCCGGAAAGCGUUAUUAACAGUCCACGUUCGGACUCUUCAUCCCAAGGUUCAAUCCCAAUUAUUCAUAAAACUCAGGGUAGUUUCGAACUUCAAAAUGACAUUGGGUCAAGAUGCAGCUAUGCCAGUAGUUCCGACAGCGCCAGUAAGGACGAAGGAUUCGAAACAAUGUCCGGUACAGUUUCACAAAGAACUUCGCUAAGUAGUGCACUUGAAUCUGUCGAUAUAAUACCAGGAAUAAACAAGAAAUUUGAAUCAUUGAGCAAACUUCAGAUCAACGAAAACAUAAUAGCAGAAGCUGCUAGAUCUUCUGUGAUUGAUACAAAGAAAGAAAGAACCGAAUCGUGGACAGAGGCGGUUGCUGUUGGAAUGGUCAUUAAAGAUGGAUCUUUGGAUUCAUCAAUGGAAUUUAAUGCCCUUUCUCCUGAUAGUGGACAUGGCACGCUUAAAGAAGAACCGUGGCAGGAAUCAGACAUAAUCAAAGAAUCAUCCGAGGAAAGACCCAUGUCUCCGGCAUCUGUUCAUAGUAGUGACAAAAAAGAAAAGAAAGUACCGAGUUACAUGCGUGGUACAGCUAGCAGCUCGAAGAAGCGAGGGCAAGAAAGCGAACACGAUAGCAGCGCUAACUUAUCGACAACAAAUCGAAUUUCAAAAGGAGCCAGCAAUCACAACCUUAGCAGAGCACGGACAAAUUCAAAUAGCAGCAUCGUGUCGGCCACAAGUAAUGUGUCUGACAGUGGAACAAUAUCUCCAGUUAAACGACGUGUGUCACAUGGUACGCCUAAAGAGCGCCCUUCUUCCAUACAUUCUUCUAUGCCUUUGUCACGAUCCACAACGCCUUUACCAUCCAGUGUAAGAGCACAAACACCUACAAAUCGCGGUGUAGCAGCUAAGCCAGCUACUCAUGCCUCCUCAACGAUUGGUGCCAGAUUAUCGACAUCGUCAACAAAAACCCUUAAGGCUCGGCCAGCGCCAGCUCCACCGACCGGUCGGAAAACGCCGACACCAACGACUCCAGCGCGAACAUCUUCAAAGAGCUCAACUUCGACUCCGGGAAGAACAACUCCAGUUUCAAACAACCGAUCAGUUACGCCAAACCCAACCCGAAAUCGCUCUACAACGCCUGUGAACACGCUCUCUCAUACACCGAUUCGAAGAUCUAACUCGCCAACAAUAGAAGAAGAAGAAUGUGAGAUUGAUCCUAAUGGCCCGUCGCCGUUAAGGAGAACACAGUCCAUGCGUGUUAAAUCCGGGACUUCUAGGCCUGCUGUUGGUUCCGUAAUGAGCAGCAAAGAAGCGCCAGAAAAAUCGUCCACACCACGACGAUCUUUCAUGAGUCCAACCGCGUCCUCUAAAGCUCGAGUUGACAAACUUAAGGCGGAAGAUGAGAACUCGACGCCUCCGAUACCUCCCCCUCGCAGGUCAAAGGACACGGAUGCUUUACCAAGCAAAUCUGAUACGACCCCAAGUCCAUUAAAAAGGCACGCUAGCAUGAGAGUGCCUGAUAAAGCUGCAAACAAGGCUCCAAAAGACCAGGAUAAAGCUUCUGACAGUAAAUUAAAGGGCUUCAUUCAGAAAAUCGGAGGCAGUGGGAGCAAAGUUCGUCCGGUUUCUGAUUGUAGCGGAAAACUUGCACCAGUCGACGAGAACGCAGAAAAGGACGGCGCAGAAGAGUUGCCGCCCAAGGAAGGCGGGAAAUCGCCUUCGCUGAGAAGAAUCUUUGGUCUGAAAUCAAAAGAAAAGCAGGUUCGGAAGUCGACCGAUUCACUUAAGAGUGAAUCUGCUGAUGUCAAAAAGAAAUCGCUUAAAUGAAAUGUGUUUCGAUGACUUAAUGCGGUAUUUCGUGGUGCAAUACAAAUUCUUCCAGGUGCAACAUGUGGUUUCAGUAAAGGAUGGUAUAUACGUGCGGAAAGACAAAUUUGAUUUUGUGACACAAGUCCGUAAGAACCAUGCACCUAUUGAUUGAAUUCUAGCAACCAUGGCGACAGUUGGCAAGCUGGACUGACUCGUACAAAUGCUAAUACGUGUAUGUGAUACCCUUGAUGGACAUUGAACUGUGAUAAUGAUGUUUCAGACUUGUUGAUAAAACAUGUUUUCACAUUUUGAAGUGAAAAGUGAAAUACGGAGGAAGUAGAGCGAACGAAAUAGUCGCAAAAUGUGUUUGAAGUGCAGGGGAAAUAACUGGACAUGAAAAUGAACGCAAUUUGACGAGUUCGCCUAGCCCGUUGAACAAUUGGACCGUUUAAGCGCGUGUUUUUCGACUUCAUCCAUAGGCAUUGGAUUCGUCAAGUAGCAGCCUAGUUGUGAUGUUGUAGAAGCUUGUGUAGUGUUUACCGACCUGUAUGGUUUAAAUGUCUUGCCAUACCUAGGCUAGUAUCUUGACAUUACAAAUACCGUGCAAAACAGACUAUUCAUGAUCUGCGAUACUUGAAUUUAAAUGAAAAAUGUGGUUGUUUGUAUUUAGAUAAUGUGUACAUACAUAGCGAUAGUUUUUUAUAUAACAAUAUUGACAACUGUGUAUAUUUAGUGCAUACUAUAAGUGUACGCAUAAUGUAUUGAAUGUCUAAUAAAUGAGAUUCGUUUAAUCCCCUUGAAACUUACAACUUGUUAAUCACUAAAACACAAACCUUGUAUAAUAACGGUAGUAUAUUGUCAAAGUAGGAUAUGACAGUUGGUUAACACUUAUUUAUUUAUUUUUGUUGCCAUGAUGUAUAUACAAUUUACAUAUAUACUUGAUUUUUAUGUAUAAAGAUGUUGCUUAGAAACUAUUUAUGCGAUGUAAAGUUGAACUCAUAUGAGUUUGUUACUGAUAUUAUAGACCACUCUAUUUAACCUCAUAUCGACAUGGUUACAGCAUAUCCGCAUGUGUCAUGUGCAUGUAGUGUCUUAACGUUUACAUGAAAUGCUUGGUUUUGUGAAAAAAUAUUUGUUAUACUUGUCAUAAUAAACGUUAAAUCAUA